AUGACUAACUUUGGAGAAGAGGGAGCACAUGUUGGAUCGGCAGCAGCGCUUAAGAAUGAAGAUCUUAUUUUUGGACAAUAUCGCGAAGUCGGGGUUUUGAUGUGGAGAGAUUUUCCACUUGAUAAUUUCAUGAAUCAAUGCUAUGGAAAUUGUAAGGAUAUAGGAAAGGGCAGGCAAAUGCCCGUGCACUACGGUUCGGUUGAGCAUAAUUUUGUCACGAUCUCUAGUCCACUCACCACCCAACUGCCACAAGCAGCUGGAUGCGCAUAUGCAUUCAAGCGCAAGCCCAACAAUGAUCGUAUCGUUGUUGUGUACUUUGGAGAUGGAGCAGCGUCAGAGGGGGAUGCGCACGCCGCAUUCAACUUCGCUUCAACUUUG